AUGACCGGACUGUUUUGUGUAUUUCUUGGAGUAAUUAUAUUCUUCUCGGACUUGAGAUUUCCCGACGAAACGGCAGAAUUCUUUGGUAUUGAUGUCCUUCAAAGCUAUGAAGACUAUUUUGCCGACAUUAAAGAAGUCAUAAGAACUAAACCCAAUCAUCAAAAUAAAGACAGCAAAGACACAAAUGAGCAACACAUUAGUCGAGUUUACGCCGGUUUACGAAAGAAAAAUCUGUCCAAUCGUUUCUCUCGACUUCAAAAAUCAUGGGUUAGAAAGAAACCGAUAACUAAUCCCAGAAAUAUUGGCGUCAAUUCUCGCGACACUAAUGCCGAGUCAAUCGAUGAAACCCCUCUUUACGAGAAUUUCCAACACUUCGAGCCUAUUAUUGAGACCGAAGAAAAUCAAUUAUAA